AUGAUUCGCAUACUGGUUAAAAGUGGUAUAACCAUGGACCCUAACAUCUACGCGCUGGUGUUGGACACCUUAAACCGUGCCACGAGCCAAGACCCCGGAGUGUUGAAGCCAGCCGAGAAGAAGCUACAAGAAUGGGAAGUAGAACCUGGCUUCUACUCAGUGCUCUUGAAUGUACUAUCAAAUCACUCGAUCGAUGUAAACGUCCGAUGGCUGGCAGUAAUGUGCUUCAAGAACGGCGUCGACCGCUAUUGGCGGCGGACCGCUCCUCAUGCUAUCAGCGAAGAGGAGAGGAACAAACUGAAGGAGGGGCUUGUUACCAGAAACAUUCUGACUGAACCCGUGCCUCAGAUAGCAACGCAAGUUGCGGUUUUAAUAUCGAAAAUCGCUAGGUUCGACGUACCAGCCUCAUGGUUAAAUCUAAUACCAUGGCUCAGUACCUCAGUGAACGAUCCAGAGCCUCUAGUCCAGCACAGGUCACUGCUGAUCUUCCAUCAUGUGAUUAAAGCGCUGGCUUCUAAAAGGCUCGUCGGUGAUCGCCGUACAUUCCAGGACGUAACAAACCACAUAUAUACCAUGAUUCUCAAUCUUUGGCACGAGAACACAGAGAGGUUUCUACGUUUCAUCCAACAGGGGGCCUCGACGGAACUCAUAACUGAGAACUUGGAAAAGGCUCUGCUCUGUCUCAGGAUGUUGAGGAAGCUCACUGUUUUCGGCAUAAGAAAAGCACAUGAAAAUGAGAAUGCUAUGGCAUUUUUGAACAUCCUGUUUGACCAGGCUAAAAAGAGUUUGGAGUGUAGAAAACUUUUAAAAGGUAGAGGUAUAUAUCCACUGGAACUGUGCGAAAAAUUCAUAAUACAUUUAACCAAAGUGGCUCUUGGUGUGUUGAGCUUCCAGCCGUUUUCCUAUGUACCGUUAAUACGACCGUCUCUGGAGUUCGCCCUGCACUACUGUUUUACGGAGCAAGGCAUGGCGUUAGUGUACGAAAGGUUCACAAUACAGUGUCUUAACAUAGUAAAGGGAAUACUUCAGUGCAUAGAAUAUAAACUGCCUAAAGGAGACCUGGAUUCAGUCAAAGAACCAUUAACUCUUCAAGCCCACCAGCUGAAGGUGGAAGUUCUUCACGAGAAUAUCCUGUGCCACAUGUGCCGACACUUAGUCACUCAUUACUUCUUGCUCAGUGCUGAUGACUUGGCGCUGUGGGAUGCAGAGCCUGAGAGUUUCGCUACGGACGAAGCGGGUGAAUCUUGGAAAUAUAGUCUUAGGCCGUGCACAGAAGCUUUAUUCUCGGAGCUGUUCACAUUCCAACGCGAGGUGCUGACGCCGGAGCUCGUGCGGCUGUUGGCCUCGCUGCAGCAGACACAGAUAUCACCGGAAAACCUGCCGGCCAUAUUGAAGAAGGACGCGGUUUACAACGCUGUCAGAAUUGCCGCUUUUGAGCUGUAUGACGAUGUUGACUUUGACGAGUGGUUCACGAACGUGUUAAACCAAGAAUUAAAAUUAAGAGAUAACAACUAUAGAAUUAUACGAAGACGAGUGUGUCAACUUAUAGGCCAAUGGGCAGGCGUCCGAGCUUCACAAUCACUUCGGCCAGCCAUGUACGAAGCACUACUGGAGCCACUAUCCAGGAAAGAUGAGGACCCGGCGGUCAAACUGGCUGCUGCAGAAGCGCUUAAGAGUACCAUAGAUGAUUUCAACUUUGACGUGGAGCAGUUCGCUCCGUACGCGCAUCAUGCCAUCACUGCGCUUUAUGAACUCCUGGUGCAGUCCGAAGAGUGCGAUACCAAGAUGCACGUUCUGCAUGUCGUGUCGUACGUGAUGGAGCGAUGCGGAGCCAGCGUCGCCCGAGGCGGGGGCACGGGCGCGCUGUUCACGUACCUGCCGCAGCUGUGGAGCCACGCCGCCCUCGCCGAGCACAACAUGCUGCGAGCCGCCGCGCUCUCCGCGGUCGUGCACUUGCUCAAGGCUGUGUGCGAGUGUCCACCGAAUGUCAGACCAUGGAUUCUCAGCGUAGUGAACGAGUCCACCAAACUGACCGAGCCCGUUCACGUGUACCUGUUGGAAGACGCACUUGAACUGUGGCUCGCUAUCCUGGAGACUUCUGUCGUCGCUGAUGCCCCUUUGUUGGAGUUGGCCGAUAACUUGUACGCUAUACUAGAACAAACAACAGAACACCUCCGGAUUGGCGUCUACAUAAUUCAAGCCUACACCCUUUUAUGUCCUGAAGAGUUCCUAUCAAAUGCUGGAGGGAAGUGUAUGGCGCUUUUAGGAGAGAUGCUGAGUGAUAUGAGAACUGAAGGCGUGAUAACUGUAUUAAAAAUGGCUGAAUUAUGCAUCAGUGUGCAGUUCCCUGAGAGAAAUCUCUAUUUAGGUGUUAAAAUAAUAUGGCCAAUUCUGAUCAGAACUAUCCGCCGUCUUCUCGAAGGCAGCGAUCUCCCUAUGGUUUUCUCGGUCCAACUAUCCCUCGUGUCGCGAGUGAUCCUACUCGCUUCUGACUUAUUCUACAAGGCGGUACAGGAAUCAGCCAACGGUUUGGCCGAGUGCGACUCAGAUCCAGAAACAGUACUAUAUAGGUUACUACUCGUAUGGACGGAGAAGAUGAAUUUAAUCACACAAGUUGAAAGGUGGAAAGUGGUUGGUUUGGGGCUAGCAGCUUUAUUGACCACGCAGAACGCGACGGUGCUCCAACGAUUUUCCGCCAUAUUAUUGAACUUGACCGAAGUGUUGAAUGACGUCAUGAAAGCUGAGGAAAACGGAUCUUAUAUUGACGGACUACUGGCCCCGCCGGGCUCGCGGCCCGCGUCGCCGCUGGAGGGGCGAGGAGCGGCGGCUCGCUGGGGCGAGAGCGGGGGCGGCGGGGGCGGGGGCGGGGGUGGGGCGGCGGGCGAGGCGCGCGACUCGCCGCACGAGCUGCGCCGGCGCCGCCUGCUGGCCGCGCACCCCGCGCACUGCAUCGACCUGCGCUUCGUCGUACAGCAACAGCUGGCGAUCUUGAAGAGCCAAGUAGGAAGUGAGAAUUUCGAAAUUUUGCUGCAAUCCACAGAACAGGAAACGUUGCAGCAAAUCAGAGAGUAUAUACCUCUAUAA